AUGUCUCAAAGACAAUUCAAAGUCAUCAUCAUCGGCGGUUCCGUAACGGGCCUAACGUUAGCUCACAGCUUGCACAAAAUUGGAAUUGACUAUGUAGUUCUCGAGAAAAGGGACACAGUCACACCACAGGAAGGAGCGUCUAUUGGCAUAUUGCCGAAUGGCGCUAGAAUACUGGAUCAACUCGGUCUUUAUGAAGCUAUCGAAGAUGAGGCGCCACCUCUAGGGGCCACACGCAUCCAUUUUCCAGACGGAUUUGCGUUCACCAGUCUGUAUCCCAAGAAAAUCCUUGAAAAUUUUGGGUACCCAAUCGCUUUCUUGGAGAGAAGACAGCUUCUCCGUAUUUUAUAUGAUGCUCUUCCUGACAAGACAAGGAUUCAUGUUAACAAAACCAUGUCUACUAUUGAGCAUUUCACAAAGGAUGAAAUAACAGGUGCUCGCGUCUUGACCAAGGAGGGGGACGUCUAUGAAGGGGAUCUGAUUGUUGGCGCUGACGGAAUACACAGUCAGACUCGGGGGGAAAUUUGGCGUCGGAUAAACUCGUCAAAGUCGGAAUUCGAACCAGCCGAGUGCAUCGAUAAAUGUAUUCUAAUUGAGUAUUCUUGCUGUUUUGGUAUUUCAAAAUGCGUUACAGGGCUCAUUGCUGGAGAGCAAGUUAUGCAUAUGAGAAAUGGACGAACCCUAGUGGUUAUUCCAUCUAAAGAUGAGGUGGUGUUUUGGUUCUUGGUCGAAAAGCUUGAUCGGAAAUAUACAUAUAGUGAAGCCCCUCGCUUCACGAUUGAUGACGCAACCGCAUUGUGCUCGCAGGUCUUUACGCUACCGAUUGGGAACGGCAUCAAAUUCGAGGACGUUUGGAAUAAGAGAGAAGUUGUUAACAUGCUUAGCCUGGAGGAGAGCUGUCUUAGCACGUGGUCAACGGGUAGACUGGUCUGCAUUGGCGACAGUAUUCACAAGGUAAGCAUACCCUCUUAA